UGUCGUUUGACAGCGUUAUAUUCCCGCGCGUGCGUUUUUAAAAUUACGAUAAUUUAUAGAAAAAUAAAACAAAUGAUGGAUUUAAAAGAGAUUAUAAAGUGGUUUAUCCCGUGUUUUCAUAUAUUGCUAUUGAAAAAAGUGAAAAUGUGCGGCCGUUUAACUUUUAUUUGUUUAUUUUUACUUUUUAUUUUGCGCCCUAGUUAUGCUACGGGCGUAAAUAAGUUAGUCAGUGGUGAUAAUAAUACCAAAAAUGCAUUUAAUUAUAAUAAUUUAGAUAAUAAAUUAAACCAAAGUGAUUAUUUUGAUGUGAAAAUGGAGAGUGAAGAGAAAACUUAUGAUACGUCUGUCGGCCGCACCUUCGGUCGUCCGCUCAAGAAGAUGAUGCAGGCUCUCAUCCCACUGGCGUUCCAGAUCGGAGCUGCAUCCACCUGGGCCGUGGUGGCCGCUCUAGUAGGCGUCAAGACGUUGCUGGUGGCGCUGGCUAUAUUAAAGCUGUUGCUUAUUGCUGGUGCUGCGAAGAUUGGAGCACUCUUCGGUCAGAAGGCACAUGGUCACAGUCAGGGCUGGGAGCCUCCUCAUCAGAAGGAGAUCCACCUUCACAUUCACAAUGGAGGACAUCCUGAGGUCCAUGAUGAGCAUAUAUCUGGAUGGAACAGAGAUGGCGCUGCUACCGGUACUGCUGACAAGAACAUCAAUUUAGUUAUUAACCCCUAUGCCGCCACUGCUGCAGCAGGCCCUCAGACUAUAAGCACUCCUUAUGGUAACUAUGUGAGGGUUGACUCUCCUAGCGCAUUAUCAUCACUAUCCAGUCUUAGCACGUAAUAAUUAUAUAAAAAAAAUGUAGGUAUGUUUGUUUGUGUGUAUGUAUGUACGUACUCUAAAACCAGUGAUCGUAUUUUGAUGAUACUAUUAGAACAAUAUUUUUAAGGCAUAGUUUCAACUCCUAAACGUAUUAGAUGGUUCAUUUUCUUUUUUGUAUUAAGAAUAUUUAUUAAUGUGUGUUUGUACGUGUAUAUGUAAUUUAUUUUAGUAUUAAUAGUUAUUUCUUUAGUCAACCAAUCUCGCUUGAUUUUAGAAAUACUUUUUA